AUGGACUGGGUCUAUUCAACACUCUGGUGAGUCUACUGUUGUUAUUUCUAUUGUUGUUUUCCAUGUCUCCCCUGCUUGGAUUCAAGCUGUCGUAAUAUUACUAAACAGAUGUUGAGUUACAGUGAUUUACACCCAUAUUAAGUAUGAAUUAUGAGAUCAUAAUACUUUUUGUACGGUAUGUCUCAACAUGAUUAUUUUAUGAUGAGACACACUCAGUCUCAAAUAUCCCCUUCCCAACAUAUUGUGUGUCCAGGCUGCUGGGUGUGUCUGUGUGUGAGUUUUGGGUUCCAGUCUCUUCUACAGUGAUUGGCUGUGGGGAACCUGAACCGUUGCUGAAUGGAAGGGUGAAGGUCAUAUCUGGCUCUCAGAACCAGCACCUCUCAGUCAUUCAGUACCACUGCAAUGAGCCGUUCUACACUCUUCCUGAAGUGGCUAAAAGUCAGACUAAAAUCAUCCUUAUAUUCUUCACUACAGUGACAUCGGUUUUCAACCUGCAAGUCUCUAAUAUUUUGUAAAUUAAACAACUGCAACUAUUCAAUGCCUAAUGUAUGUAUCGUGUAAUCACAUCUCUCUCACACGUUUAUCAGGAAACUUCACAUGCUCAUCAGACGGAAAGUGGAAAGACAGCCUGAAAAGCUCACUGAUUCCUCAAUGUAUUCCAGGUAACUCAGAGUUUCACCCUUGAGUGUGUGUGUGUGUUUGUGUCUACUGUGUAUCGUAUUUGUUCUUUCCCUGUGUGUGUAUCUACAGUCAGUCUGUUCCUGGAUGACCAGUAGGGGUCUCUGUCUGUCCCUAGUGUGUGGUCAUCCUACAGUGAACCUCCCAGGGUUUGGAAGGAUUUGGGGGGGAAAGCCAGCUCCAGCUGGAUCCUUCCCCUGGCAGGUGUUGCUGAGCGCUAAUGGUAGAGGAGGAGGGAUAGUGAUCGGGGACCGCUGGAUCAUGACUGCAGCACAUGUCCUGCAUGGACAUACCUGGCAAGACGUUAGGGUGAGACGAGUGUGUAUUAAUGAAAAUAAAAGCAUGGGUUAUCUUUUUGACAUGGCCCCUUAUCUGUGUCUGUGCUAGAUGUACACUCCCCCUCCGUAUGUAUUUCACAGUGAAGCAAAAUAAAAUGUGGACUUCAUACUCCAGCAUUUCGGAUUUGAGAUCAAAUGUUUCAUAUGAGGCCAGAGUACAGAAUGUAACCUUUUAUUACAGGGUCCAGAAAUGAAAGCACUUUAUGUAUCUAGUCCCCCCAUUUGAAGAUGUCAUAAGUAUUGGGACAAAUUCACUUAUAGUGUAUUACAGUAGUCAAAAGUUUAGUAUUAGGUCCCAUAUUCCUCGCAUGCAAUGACUACAUCAAGCUUGUGAUUCUACACACUCAUUAGAGGCAUUUGCAGUUUAUUUUGGUUGUAUUUUGGGUUAUGUUUUGCCCAAUAGGAACUGAAUGGGGAAUGAUGACUGGAGUAAAAUUCUUUCUAAGUGAGUAGAUAAGAUGUUUCUGAAUACUUCUAAAUGAAUCCUGAUGAUACCAUGAUUACAACAAUCAUUAAUCAUGAAUAAUGAUGAAUGAGAAAGAGGUGACAACAAAACAUGCUAACCUCUCACCAUUACCAAUAACGGGGGAGAUUAGCACUUUCUGGGGGGGGGGUAUGAUCUUUGUCCCUCUAACUUCCUCACUUUUCAUCAUUCACAAUUAAUUCAUGAUUAUCCACAAUCAUUGUAGCAUCCACAUUAAUGUAAAUGUAUUCUUAUUUACAAUAAAAGGGACUCCGAAAUGACACAAUACAUUAUUCACCAUAUAGUUCCUAUUGGGCAAAAUAUAUUCUGAAACACAACCAAAACAAGCUGUAAAUGCAUCCAACAAGUUCGUAAAGUCACAAGCUUGAUGUAGUCAUUGUGUGCAAAGAAUAUGGGACCAUCUACUAAACUUUUGACUACUUUAAUAAGUGAAUUUGUCCAAAUACUUAUUUAAUCUUCAAAUGGGGGGGACUAUAUGUAUAAAGUGUUUUCAUUUCUAAAUGGUAAAAAAUAUAUGUAUGAAAAUACCCUCAAAUAAAAGGUAACAUUCUGUACUGUCACCUAAUAUAAAACAUUUGAUCUCAAAUCUAAAAUGCUCAAGUAUAGAGCCACAUUUAGAAUUUUUGCUUCACUCUCCAAAUCCAAUGGAAAAAUGACUGUCUGACUGCUGUUUAAGUGUAUUUAUUAAAUGUGAUUUACCCUGUCCAAAGGUAUAUGUUGGAGACAACAAUGUGCAAAACCUCACCCAGUCUCCACCUCUUGAGGUCGCCUCUCUCCAUCUUCACCCUGAAUACAACAACGUAGAUGGUGUAGAGUAUGACCAUGACAUCGCCCUGAUCCAUCUCCAACACCCAAUCACAUUCAAUGCUCAUGUCAUGCCACUGUGUCUGCCAGCAAAGGACGCUAAAUACCCGACUGGGCGGAAUGGGUAAGCCUAGGUUUUAUGUUUAAAACAGUCAACUACAAAUAUCUGCAUGUUAACAAUUUAUUCAAUUUGUGGAUAUUUGCUGAUUUUGUAUUGAUUGUUAAAAUUGUUAAGUUGAACAGCAUCUUAUGUUUAUUCCGUUCUUCUCUCUUUCUCUCUGCUUCAGCUUGGUGUCAGGAUUUGGCACCAUGGAGUUUGAUACAUCUACCAAUAACCUCAUGUAUGUUCCUCUACCUGUGGUGAACCAGACAAUCUGUAGAAAGUCUAUUGAAGGCAGAGAUGAAAGGAAAGGAAUUCCCAGUCUAACAGACAACAUGUUCUGUGCUGGGAAUCCUGAGGGAGGCAAGGACUCCUGUCAGGGGGACAGUGGAGGGGCGUACGUCCUGCGAAAAGCAGGAAUCCUUCCUGGGCCUUUCUGGGCAGCAGGAAUCGUCAGCUGGGGUGUUGAAUGUGGACAGAGUGGAAGCUAUGGGGUCUACACUCGUGUGGCUAACUACGUAGACUGGAUCAAGAAGACCAUAGAGGAGGAAGAGCAAAAAACAAGUGAGAAACAUUCUAAAAUAUAGAUAUUAUGGAUGUGUUUGUGUGUUUUGUUGUUUUGUGCGUGUGCUUUGGCUGUGUGCUUUUCUACAGUAAUAUUGGACCCAAUGUGGAAUCUGAACCAUUGCUGAGAGGAGAAGUGACAUUUUGUGCUUUUCCUGAUCCACCAGUCUGUGGAAGACCCAUGGUGUCCAUAGAAAUGCACCAAAGGAUUCUGGGAGGAGAGGUAGCUCCAAAAGGAACAUUUCCCUGGCAGAUGCUUCUCAGUGUGGAAGGAGGCCGAUCAGGAGGGAUGGUCAUCGGGGACAGGUGGAUCCUGACUGCUGCUCAUGGACUGGUGCAUCAACAUAACAACCAAGUCAUCAAGAAGAGUGAAGUUAUGGUAGUGCAAUAAUGAUUAUGGUGGUGUUUACAUAAUGACUAGGGCCAGGAGUUUCUUCUGAUUAUCUCUGGUCCUGAAUUAUAGGCUUAUCAUAGAAAAACUCCUGGCCCUACAUCUGAGAUGAUGACAAAGAUUGAGCAAGGAGUGGAGAGACAAUAAACAUGCUUCUGGAUGCUCAUAGUUGAAGAAACUACUAUUUCCACCCAGUAGUUAAAUGCAGUAACUGACUGAAAUUCACACACAUUUUCCUUCACUUCAUAACAGGCAUUCGUUGGCAACAACAAUGUGGAAAACCUCCUUCAGUCUCCACCUCUUGAAGUGGCCUCUCUCCAUCCUCACCCUGGGUACAACAACACAGACGGUUUAUCCUUCAACCACGACAUUGCCUUGAUCAAGCUCCAACACCCACUCACAUUCAGUAGUUCCAUCAUGCGAGUGUGUCUGCCUGCAAAGGGUGCUGAAUACUCCACUGGACGAGUUGGGUAAGAGUAGGCUCUCCUGUACAGUAAAUGUUUGAUCUUUGACAGUAUAGUUAUUGGGCAUUCUCUGUUUCUGUUUUUUUUUUUUUUAAAUCCUAAAACUACCUCAAUGCAAUGGAAACAGAAGCUAUGAUAGUGCAUGUGUCAUUUCUCUCUCUCUAGCCCUGUUUAUACUUGGUUCUAACUUGCAUCUUUUGUCCUGAUCUUGUCCACAUUCUGAUUGAGCCCACAUUUUUGGACAGGUGUAGACAAUCAAAAUACAUAUUGUGAUCUGAUUGUGAUCAGAUCAUCCUGCCCACCUCCGGAGGUAGUCAGACACACAUUGUGUCUGGACAUCUUACAAGUGUAGACAGAUCUGGACAGAGAAACCAUUUAAACCAUCAUUAUUCUGCCCUCUAAAAUCAUGGACAGACAUUGACUGUAUGUGUCUUAGAAUAAAUAAAUAUUAUUUUGAAAGAAUAGCUGUGUAAUAAUUUGCAUAAAGGAAGGGACCAGGAAAUCUGGUCACAAUGCAGACACAGUGGACGGAUAACAAACACAUUUUAAUAGCAUGUGUAGCACAGGAGGUUGGUGGCAUCUUAAUUGGGGAGGACGGGCACGUGGUAAUGGCUGGAGCAGAAUCAGUGGAAAGGUAUCAACAACAUCAAACACAUGGUUUCCAUGUGUUUGAUGUCAUUCUAUUCGCUCCGUUCCAGCCAUUAUUAUGAGUCGUCCUCCCCUCAGCAGCCUCCACUGAUGUGUAGACACAUUUCUGGAAAUGUGGGCACAAUCAGAAUGUAGACAAGAUCAGGACAAAGGAGCCAUGUUAGCACCAGGUAUAAACGGGGCUUUUCUCUCUUUCUCUCCCUCCCUCCCUCUCACAGCUGGGUUUCAGGGUUUGGCCUCAAAGAUGAUGAUGAAAUGCCCAGUAACCUCAGGUAUGUCCGGAUUCCCCUGGUGGACCAGGUGAAGUGCAGAAGCUCUAUUGAUGAGGUGAGGAAGAAGAAGAGAGAAGCCCCUGAUUUGACAGACAGCAUGUUCUGUGCCGGGUUACCAGAGGGUGGAAAGGACACCUGUGCAGGGGAUGGUGGAGGGCCGUACGUCCUGAAGUAUGGGGGAGUUUUCUGGGCAGCAGGGAUCGCCAGCUGGGGAAUUGACUGUGGAGAGCCAGGCCAAUAUGGGGUCUAUACCCGCGUAGCUAACUACGUAGAAUGGAUCAAGAAGACCAUGGAGGAUAAUUGAAAUGAUGGGUGUAUAAAUUAUGCAAGAAAUGUUUGAGUUUGUCGAGGAUAGCAGUAAAUAUAAAAUAUAAACAUGUUUUUUAUUAAAUUAAUGCUUUUCUGUAACUGAAGCAUAUUUAAUACAUUUGAAGUCUGUCUUUUUAACAUUCCAUUAUUUGUAUUAUCAACUGUAUAGCCCAUUUUAAUACACUGAGUGUACAAAACAUUAGGAACAC